AUGUUCAGCAAACUUGGCCUUUUCGCCCUUUUCGCCCCUCUGGUUUCUGCCUUGACCCUUACGUUCCCAUCGAACGCAACUUCAGGAGGAGAGGUUACCAUUACAUGGACUGUGGAUGCCAGCGACCCGAGUCGAUUCUCCACCUUUUCUUUCGAGCUCAUCAACGAGUCUUUCAACAAUGCAUAUGCCAUUGCCAACAACGUUGAUCCAGCUUUGCUGAAACUCACCCUUACUCUUCCCGUUGUUCCCGUUGGUGCCGGUUAUACUCUUCAAGCCGUUAACAUUGGCGACAUCAAUGAUGUCUUUGCCACUAGCUCUUCAUUUUCGAUUGGUGCUGCCCCAACACCCCUCAGUACCACCGUGUCAGUUUCUUCCACCAACUUGAGCUCACUCCGUGCCUCCUCUGCCAGUGUCACAUCCAGCGGUACUAGGUCUGCAACCACAAGCGGCACGUCCUCUGCUACCUCUCUGGUCGUAACUUCCUCCACCCCAACCAGCCCCUCGACCACUGGAGGAUCUGCUUCCAACACUGCCGGUGCUGCCGGAACUACUCCUUUCUCUGGUGCCAUUUCUACCCGUUUCGGCGGUAACCCGGCCGGAAUCGCAGCUGUUCUUUUAUCCGCUGCGGCUGGUGCUGCUAUGAUUGCUAUUUAA